UCCGCUCACCCACAGCGCGGGUUCGAGACCUGGCGCUGCCGCUCGCUCGCCGCGGCUGCGGCCCUGGGUCGGGGGUCGUGGACAAAGAGCCAGAAGUUAACUAGGGCUCCUUAGGCAGGAGAUGGCGCCAGAGCCCUCUCAGGAAGUGCAGAGUCGAGGAGGCCGGAGUGGACUCUUGCCGGGGGUGAGGGGAAGGGCAGGGUGCUCGGUUAGGCCGGAGGUGGACCGACGCGGACUUCCUGGGCCAGGCUUCCGGGUGACACCGGACAGUGGACUCUGACCCACGGCUCGGACACCCUGCCUCCGGCCUCGCUGUCUGGUGACUGCCACUGCCAUGCUGAACCCCAGGACUGCCCUCCUCUUGACUGUGCUCCUGGCUGGGGGCUCCCUGAGCAGGCGGGCUCGCGGACCUCCUCGGCCCGCGUCCCCCAUCAGCACUAUCCAGCCGAAGGCCAGCUUCAAUGCUCAGCAGUUUGCAGGGACGUGGCUCCUUGUGGCCGUGGCCUCCUCGUGCCGCUUCCUGCAGGAGCAGGGCCACCGGGCUGAGGCCACCUCACUGCACGUGGCUCCCCAGGGUGCAGACAUGGCCGUCAGCACCUUCCGGAAGCUGGAUGGGAUCUGCUGGCAGGUGCGGCAGCUCUACAGAGACACGGGAGUCGAGGGGCGUUUCCUGCUCCAAGCCCGAGGUGCCCGUGGGCCAGUAGAUGUGGUCGUCGGGGAGACAGACUACCGAGACUUCGCCAUCCUGUACCUGGAGCGGGCGAGGCAGCUGUCGGUGAAGCUGUACGCCCGCUCACUGCCCCCAAGUGACUUGGCCCUGAGUGCAUUCGAGCAGCGGAUCCAGAGGGCCAACCUGACCGAGGACCACAUCUUGUUCUUCCCCAAGUACGGUUUCUGCGAGUCUGCAGACCAGUUCCACGUCCUGGAUGAAGUGAGGAGGUGAAUCCAGGUGGCAGCCCCGAACCCAGAAGGAGUGAAGACCCUGAAGGUGAUGGCGUCCACUGCCCCACCCACUGAGCCCUGGCACCCCCUCGGGCCAGGGCCAUCCUGGGGGGGGACUCGCUCCCAAGUGCAUCCUGAAGCGGCCCCUGGCCCACGGGAACACGGGGAGGGGCACUGCUUUCAUUAAACGCUGUCCAGCUUGG